CCCCCCCUUCCAGUCCGGACACUUUCACCCCCUUCCAGUCCGGACACUUUCACCCCCUUCCAGUCCGGACACUUUCACCCCCUUCCAGUCCGGACACUUUCACCCCCUUCCAGUCCGGACACUUUCACCCCCUUCCAGUCCGGACACUUUCCCCCCUUCCAGUCCGGACACUUUCACCCCCUUCCAGUCCGGACACUUUCCCCCCUUCCAGUCCGGACACUUUUCCCACCCCCUUCCAGUCCGGACACUUUCACCCCCUUCCAUCCGGACACUUUCACCCCCUUCCAGUCCGGACACUUUCCCCCCUUCCAGUCCGGACACUUUCCCCCCCUUCCAGUCCGGACACUUUCACCCCCUUUC